UCAGGCAAAGGUUGAAACAACGAAAACAGCUGCGACCACUAAAAAAGACGUAGAAGGGACGUAGUCAGCCAACAAGCGAGCUAUGUGGCAAAGCUGAGUGGGAGGACGACAUUGAAACUGUCCGAGUAUUUGAUAUUUAGCUAACGGCGCUAACGGCUUUUUUAGCUUCGAAGUCGCCCUAAAAAAACGUUAGCUACCAGCAACAACGCAGCAGUCAACACGGCACAGAGAUAACAAAAAGGCCAAACUCCCAAACGUUAGGGACGCGUCAGUUCAAGCUGCCAGGCUGUUUUUUCCCCUCCUGAGUCCACCUUUUAUUGUUCGGAGGAAGGAAGCAAAGCGAGACAGCAAACUGGAGAGUCAAGAGCGUCACAGAGCAGCCUGACCCAGUGGAAAGCACAGGGGAGGACAGAAAGAAAAAGCAGCAGAGUUACCCAUCCAGCCACCAGACGAAACAGAGGAAGGAAGGAGAGAGUGAGACAAAGAGAUAAACCCCAUCUUUCUAAGAGGGGAUUCUGGGUGGAAUGACCCUAUCAUGAUGCCGCAGCCGUGCCGCACCCCACGCCCAGGUGACCAAGGAGGGCGUGUCUGGCUAUCAGCCAACCACAGGGGGAGCCCCAAUAGAGUUAUAUCCGAUUCCAGUUCAGAAACAUUUCCUCUCAAGAGCCUCCUGCGUCACUGACACUCCGCCCUUCCAGUCGUAGCCUCAGUGUUCGCCUCCUUCACUCCUGCCUCCUCUGGAGUCCUCACCGUUUCCUGAUUACUUUGGGAUGUUGGCAUUGUUUCUUGGCAGCUGCCAUGGAGAUGAACGGAUUCCUUUAGCAGACAAUAUAAGACACAACCUCCAGAUGUUGUGCCAGAUGCAGGUUGGCCACACGGGCAGAAUUAGACAAGGACAGGCACAAAGGUGCUAUGUGGCUCAGCUUCCUGAUUCACACUGUUUGACGACACCACAGCAGGAAGCAUAGGACUUCCUAUUUUCUGUUGGACAUCUUGCUCUGCCUCCUGGCACUCGUGAGGACCUACUUGACCCUGUUGCAAGUUAGUCAAGACUCUCAUCCUCCAGCAUAGCAACCAUGCGGCACAUUCACGUGGAGUUAGCCCACAAAAAGGCUCCAUUAGAUCUUCCAGCCCAAGAGGGGGACCUGCCUCCACCCACGACCCCAACACAGGGCCUAGACGCUGGUGUCCGACCAGGCGUGCCCAGGCAUUUUGACCAGGAGGAGCUACGGCUCCAAAAGGUCUACCAGCUCUCCAUUUUCUCCCAGUUGGGGGGAUUUUCUACCUCCACAGAAUCCCACACUGAUACCCAACAAAGGCCUGUCCGGUUUGGCGUGAAAAGGGGACUAGAGGAGCCCCAGUUGACUCAUAAACGCCCCCACUUGGGGGACUCCUUAGACAAGGAGGAGUUGGAGGGAGGGGUAUUGUGUGGGCCCGCCCCAGCUCAAGGUGUUGGGAUGGGGUUAGCAUCUAGCCCUGGUGGGCCUGGUUCUGUAUACUCUUGCACACAGAUGGAGCACAGUAAUUCAGAGGGGGGACUAUCACCCAGGUCUCCACCCCUCUCCCCAAGCCACAACCCCUCCCGACGCCCAACUCAGCACAAUCAUGACAGGCCCAUUCCCGAUGUAUUUGCACCACUUUCACCUAAAUCACCCCCGAUGUGUGACCCACACGGGCACCUCUGUGACCAGGGCCAUCCCCUAGGAAGCUCAGCCAGGACUGAGCCACCUAAUGGGGGGCACACUCCCACCUAUUCAAUAGGCAGCCCUGCACAUGAGAGCUGUAGUAAUGGCUCAUCUGGAGGCCAGCCCAGCCCACACUUGUAUGAAAUGUCCACAUAUGAGACUCCCAACCCAGCCAGUCCCACCAGCCCUCCAGGCCCCUUCUCCCCCCCACACCAUACAGAGCUACAGGAGCCAGGGGAGGCCACUGAAUGGGAUGUUGGACUCGAAUCCUCCCCACCUGAGCGAAGUGCCACCCAGGCUGCCUCAACAUCCUCCAAUGGCCUGGCGUCCUGGGAGAAAACUCCCAGCAGUAACGGCCACCGUCUAUCGUCUGGAGGCCACUGGCCAGCCAAAAAGAGGCUGCUGUCACCGAGCGACACGGGCGAGUCGUGCUCAGAAGACGAGGGACCCUCAACAUCCAAGAGAAGCAGGCUGUCAUUGCUGGCAACAGGACUUGGCCCGGCGUCAUGUCGCAGCACUGAUGCGAAAGCCGCUCCUUACUGGAACCAUCUGCUUCCCUCCGCAUGGGACCGGCCAAAGACCGCCGCUGACUGCACAAGAUCAGGGAGACGGCUAAAAAGUGGGCUUCGGCUGAAAAGUCGGCAGCUGCGCAGCGGCAGACACACAGACACCAGCCGCUCCACACGUUCCAGUUGGCCCUCGGCUUCCAUCAGCAGAUCACUACUUGGCAACUUUGAGGAGUCCAUACUGAAGGGACGGUUCUCCCCGUCAGGCCGGAUCGAAGGCUUUACGGCAGAGAUCGGUGCCAGUGGCUCCUAUUGCCCGCAGCAUGUCACCCUGCCGGUGCAGGUUACGUACUACGACAUCUCAGAGCACAGUGCUCCCUCACCUUUCCUGGGGGUGAUAUCCCUUGAGCCUCUUGGAAAGAAAGGAUACAGCAUACCCAAAGCAGGGACCAUUCAAGUGACCUUAUUUAAUCCCAACAAAACUGUGGUGAAGAUGUUCCUGGUGACCUACAACUUUGGCGACAUGCCCGUUAAUCACAUGACCUUCCUGCGCCAUCGUAUCUUCCUGGUGCCUGUGGAGGAGGGAGUAGAGGGGAAAGGCGAGGCGUCUCCAGGGGGGGGAGUGCUAGACAGGAAGAAGAUUCUCUGCUACCUGAUACAUCUCAGAUUCCAGAGCUCCAAAUCUGGGAAGAUCUACUUGCACAACGAUAUCCGGCUGCUAUUCUCCCGCAAAUCCAUCGAAGUGGACACAGGGAUCCCUUAUGAGCUGAAAUCUUUCACCGAGGUGCCAAGAAACCCUAAAUACUCCCCCCGCGUGUGACCCCGUCGUGACCCUUUGACCCUCCCCGACACCAACGCAGCCCCUCCUGUGCUUCCUAAAGAGGAGGGAGGGAAACAGACAGACUGCUAGAAUGAUGGACACAAAACUUGAUAAGACUUGAUGAGACAUGCCACAUGCACACGAGACACACGUGCACAUAUGAUACAGUGUUGGUGAUCCUAAAAGUCCCCCUUUUUAAUGCAUUUACUCUGCACUGAAAGUUCAGUCAAAACAAAUUGGUGAUGUAAAAUAUCACUCAACCAAACAUGGCAUUCCUUGUAUCUUCCAUUUAUUGAAAAUAUGAAGAAAGAUUAGUGUAUAAAAGCAUGCAGGCAAAAGCAGGACUUUUACAAAACCAUCUGUACAAAAAAAGAAAUGCACAAACACUGACACACACACACCAGAACAGACUGACAAGACUCAUGCACAGCACAUAUACACACACGUUACAGCUGAAACACUUCUGGUGGUGACUCUCUGAGUUCAGUGUUAACAUGCAUGCCUUGUGACUUAAACACCUGAAUUUUCCUCUAGUGCCGUAUCACACUGUCCUUCACUCUGCCUGCAGCUCUAACCGCCUCAUCGGACCAAUAAUUUCCAAAACUUCCGAUUUGACAAAAGGCCGCAAACAACAAUCACAUCCAUGAUUGUGUGGUGAAGAAAACGAUUAGCCCCUCCCCCACUUUUUACACACUUUGUGACCAGCAGAGAGGAGACGAGCAGAGACACAAACACUAGUGAAAGUGAACGCUGAAAUAGAAUCAGCCAUCUCGAUCGGAUGUUUAAUCAUCACGAUAAAAAAAAACUAAAAAAAAAUCACACUGACAUGAUUUGACCAAACUCAGGACAUGUGUUGAAGAAUAUAUUUCUCUUACCAUUUCACCUAUCAUGGUACAGACCGCUGUGUACGCUUCAAGCCAGGAGGGUUAUACCAUGUCAUGUAUACAGGGGAAUCCAGUUCAUUUAUGUAGCCAGACUGAGGGACACUGUGUUGUUUUCUUUUUUUAAAAAAAAAAACCCUUCACUUCUUUUUUUAGAUUCUGUUCUGAUGUUGGAGCAGAAAAUGAAAAAAAUAAAACAACAAGCUGUAGUAUUUUUAAUUUAUGUUUUCGCAAAUGUCUUAAUAAGCAAUAUGCUGCACAAAGUAGAGUGUGUUUUUCAGCCGAGACGAGCUUUCUCUCUGGAGGGAGGGGGGACAGAGAAAGCGGAGAAUUGAGAGUGU